CUGGUCAGAGAGAAGCAAUAAUUAUCAUUUACAUUUAUUAGCGAUCGAUAAACGUGAUUGCACUAUGGCCAGCACCAUCAAGGAGGCCUUAUCAGUUGUGAGUGAGGACCAGUCCCUAUUUGAGUGUGCCUACGGAGCGCCACACCUGGCAAAGACGGAGAUGACCGCGUCCUCUUCCAGUGACUAUGGCCAGACGUCCAAGAUGAGUCCCCGGGCCCCUCAGCAGGACUGGCUGUCCCAGCCCCCCACCAGGGUCACCAUCAAGAUGGAGUGCAACCCCGGCCAGGUGAACGGCUCCAGGAACUCGCCUGACGAAUGCAGCGUGGGCAAAGGCGGGAAGAUGGUAGGCAGCGCUGACGCUGUGGGGGUUAGCUACGGCAGCUACAUGGAGGAGAAGCACAUGGCACCCCCCAACAUGACCACCAGCGAGCGCAGAGUGAUUGUGCCUGCAGACCCGACUCUGUGGAGCACGGACCACGUCCGCCAGUGGCUGGAGUGGGCGGUGAAGGAGUACAGCCUCCUGGACGUGGACGUCCUGUUAUUCCAGAAUAUCGACGGGAAGGAGCUGUGCAAGAUGACCAAAGAGGACUUCCAGAGGCUCACCCCGAGCUACAAUGCCGACAUCCUUCUCUCUCACCUCCACUACCUCAGAGAGACUCCCCUUCCACAUUUGACUUCCGAUGACGUUGACAAGGCUUUGCAAAACUCGCCACGGUUAAUGCAUGCGAGAAACACAGGGGGUGCAGCUUUUAUUUUCCCAAAUACUUCAGUAUAUCCUGAAGCUACGCAAAGAAUUACAACUAGGCCAGAUUUACCUUAUGACGUUCCCAGGAGACCAGCCUGGACUGGCCACAGCCACCCCACCCCUCAGUCCAAAGCUGCCCAGCCGUCUCCCUCCACAGUGCCCAAGACGGAAGACCAGCGUCCUCAGCUAGAUCCUUACCAGAUCCUGGGACCUACCAGCAGCCGCCUCGCUAACCCGGGUAGUGGCCAGAUCCAGCUGUGGCAGUUCCUGCUGGAGCUUCUGUCCGACAGCUCCAACUCCAACUGCAUCACGUGGGAGGGGACCAACGGGGAGUUCAAGAUGACGGACCCGGACGAGGUGGCUCGGCGCUGGGGUGAGCGAAAGAGCAAGCCCAACAUGAACUACGACAAGCUGAGCCGCGCCCUGCGCUACUACUAUGACAAGAACAUCAUGACCAAGGUGCACGGGAAGCGCUACGCCUACAAGUUCGACUUCCAUGGGAUCGCCCAGGCCCUCCAGCCCCACCCGCCCGAGUCUGCCCUCUACAAGUACCCCUCCGACCUCCCGUACAUGGGCUCCUACCACGCUCACCCCCAGAAGAUGAACUUUGUGGCCCCCCACCCGCCAGCCCUCCCGGUCACGUCCUCCAGCUUCUUCGCCGCCCCAAACCCAUACUGGAAUUCGCCCACCGGGGGCAUCUACCCGAACACACGGCUCCCAGCCAGCCAUAUGCCCUCUCACCUGGGCACCUACUACUAGAGACCAGAUGGAUGCCUUUCCCAACCGUGCACAAUUACCCAGCAGUCACCACAAACUCAGAGAACACACAUCAGAAGUGCCUCAUGAGGGAUGCAAAAGGUUGACCAGAGCUGGGGAAGGAAGCCGGGAGAGAAAACCAAAGACUGACAGGGGAGGGGAGGAAUUGCCCUAGUAUUACUCAGAAUAGAGGAAGCUCAGAGUACAGUGCCCAUGGACAUAUAACCUGCGGUCCACCCUUGUCAAAGACAUCACAUAGAGAAAAGCGUGACAUCAUAAAGACAACUGCCAAAGAAAGUGGCCUUAAGGAGUGUGCAAACUGUAGAGGGUGGGACCUUCCUUGUACAACCAGGAUUCAGUGAAAGCAAGAGACAGAACAGAAACAAUCUUGGCCUAACAUACCAUGGAUAAUGUCAUUUGAAGGGAAACUACCUGUGUUUAAAAAUAGAAACAUAUCAAAACCAAAUAAGAAGACAAGAUGGCGGCCACUCCAUAGACCACAUUGGUUGUGGAUUUUCUUGGCUGGCAUUUGCUGUGUUGGUUGAAAUCAGAUUUGUUCCAUUUGAUAGAGACCUACCAGCUCUGUCAAACUGUGAAGAUGACCCAAAGUCUCAUCUCCUUUUCAGUAUUACAGGAACUGUGAGCCAUGUGGUGGGCAGGGAAUGUGUGUGGCGUGUGAGCAUGUGAUUAUAGAGAAACGACUGAAGGAGGACGAAGGAGAGGAGAAAGGUUCAGGGAGAGGAGGAGGAGGAGAAAGCAGAGGAGAAGGAAGGAAAGGAGGAGAGGUACAGGGAGAGGAGGAGGAAGAAGAGGAGGAGGAAGCAGAAUAGGAGGAAGGAGAGGUUUGGGGAGGGAGUGGGGGAGGAAGGAGAGGAGGAGGAAGAGGAGGAAAGUAGUAAAAGGCAGCUGCUCAAGCCAUCAAAGCUGAAUUUAGGACCAAAGAGCAUGAGUCAUGCUCUCUGAUGCUGCCAGUGUUGAGGGAAGGGACAGUUUUAUGGAAGACUAGGAGAAGUAGUAUUCAGAACCAAAAAUACAUCUCUUUGUGAAAAGAAAAUCAUAACUGGAAUUGUCUGAUAUUUAAAAAAUGUUCAGGACCUCACCAUUCGGGGGAGGCUUUAUUCUUCAUGGGGGCCAUGGAGAGGUGAGCUUCGUGGCCACCACGGUCUCAGGCUGCACAGGCAUUGUGGGUAGGCGGGCUCCAGUUUUCCUUAAUGAGUCGCGAACGCUGUGCGUUUGUCAGAACGAAGUCUACAAAUCAAUGGGUUUUUUUUCUUUUUAUAUAAUAAUUAUGUAACUUAUGCAUUUAUACACUACGAGUUGACCUCGGCCAGCCAAAGACACACCACACACAAAAGACAAUCAAUGAUAGAAUGUGGCCUUGAAUUUUAACUAUGUACUGCUUAAUGUUUACAGUAUGUUUACUAGUUCUUAGGAUGCAGAAUGUAUGCAAUAAAAUGAGGUUGGCCUCUCGAGGUGAACCAGAA